GGAGUCAACAAAUACUCCUUCAUUUACUUUCAUUCUCUCUUCCAUCCUCUGAACCAAACACAUGGGAAACUUGAACUCGUGCUUCUGUUGCCCGACAUCGGCGAACGUGGUGACUCCCAAAACGGCAAAACUCAUUGACGUUUAUGGAAACGUUAAAGAAAUCAAGGUCCCUGUGAAAGCAGCGGAGCUGAUGCUGGAUGAGCCUGGCCACGUGAUUUCUCCCCUGGAGGAACUCCGACGGACUCGACACGUACCCGCCAUGAAAGCCGACGAUGAGCUCUUGGCAGGGAAUUUGUAUUUACUGGUUCCAGUGGGAAGAGUGCAUAGUAAGAUUUCGGAAUCGGAGAUGACAGUAGUGGAGGCGGCGGCGGCCGCGGGUGGUGGGAAGAAUAAGAGGAGGGGGAGAGGAAAGGUUUUGCCGGCUGUGAUUGAGGAGAGAAAAGGAGAUGUUAAGGUUUUUGGAGAUGCGGGGUUUCCCGGUAACCGGUUGGGGAGCCAUCGACAGUGGAAUCCAGUUCUUGAGCCCAUACCAGAGUCCUUUUGAGAAAAGUAAAUUCAGUUUUUAAUUUCUAAUUUUAAGGAUUUAAUUUUAAUUUCUUCUUCUGGCAAGAAAGUUAUGGGUUCUUCUGGGAAUUGUUGAUGAGAAAAAUGUAGGAAAAUCUGCUACCAUUGUUCAUAUGACUAUCAAUUGAGGGAUUCGUUGAUUCAAUUUCUGUAGUUAAAGAGUUUUCUCAUUCAAUUUGGGAGAAUUUUGUUUCAAUUGA